AUGUCGUCUAACGUUGUAGUUUCUUCCACUGGUGUUCCUAUACCUAAUCUUCCGACAGUCGAGGAAGUGAAAGGAUGGAGUGUCAAACAACUUAAUGGAUUUUUGAAAAGUAUACUAAACAUUGAUAAUCACAUAGAUACUAUCACCGUGAGUCAAGAAGUCGAUGGCUCGACCUUCCUUGAUUUUACCACGACAGACUUUGAAAGAUGGGGAAUACCAGGUGGACCAUCAAAACGUAUUGAAAUGCUAAUUAGUCAAAUUAAAGGAGAACAAACCGCUACUGGUAAAAAGCGCAAGAUAGAACUGAGUCAGAUAUUACAAGAUUUCAUUCCAGACGAAGUUAACUUAGUCAAAAAAAAAAGUACAAUAACAGAGUUUGUGAAUCGUGAUGAUGGAUUGAAUGCUGCGUUUGAAGUUUUCAUUAAAAACCAUGAAGGACGAAUGUCGAAUCAAUCUCAGGAUACUUACUUUGGUUUAUGUUUUGGUGGGUGUGGAAUUGGGAAAACCGAGUUGGUAACUCAAUUUUGUAUGAAAAUGAUCAAAGAGUAUAAAAAUGUUCUUGUCCUGGAUUUGAAUAAUGAAUUUCACUCAUUUGACCAAAAUGUGUGCAAAGAUGAUCAAUGGCUCGGAUUAUCUCUAGCUACUGUAUACUUUGGCAGAAGAAAAUUAAAACUAUCUGCAUUUAUUAAAACGAUAUCGUGCAACUAUGGCGAAGAGUCAUUAAAAGCUUUUGACGAUGUUUCUGAGGUGCUUACUUUGAUUGUCAAUCAUUACCGAAAAUGGAAGUGCAUAGAGGGAACGUUAUGCGUUGUGGUCUGGAAAGAUGACUACCAAACCGAAAUGGAGCAAUUAUCUAAUCCCCGGCUCAAUGUUAUUAAGCAACUUGGUAAUUAUAACCAUUCGUCUAUUGGAACAAGUAUUGCUGCUGAGCAGGAUGUUGUUCUUGUUCCUAUUUUAUCUGGUACCUUUGGUGGAGAUGUUAAAAAGACAAUUAUUGAAAGUCGGCAUUCUGUAAAAGUUCUGUCAACACCACCAUUAUCAUUCGAUGCUUCUAUCCGUGUGUUGGGAAUUUCAAAGGAAGUCUUGGAGCAAUCUCCUUUCAAACUUCGUAUUUUGAUAUCCGAUAUUGGUGGAGUUGCUCGAUUACUCAUUGAUUUGCGACGUAUGAACGAUUUUACGAAACCUUUGGAAGAACGAGAUGUUGAUAGUUUAGGAUCGCAGAUGGUCAAUAGAGUUUCGGAGUGUUAUAGCAUUGUUACUCCACGAGGACAACAGAAUAUAACAACUCUUCCGAAAUCAGCUCUAAAGGAGCUUAUAAGAUGCAUCAUUACUGGAACGUCAAUUUAUGAUGGUACUCAACUUCCAGAAACUGAAGUAACUUAUAUUGACCUUAAUCGCCAUGGAAUUUUUCAUUAUCGUCCGUUGUCAAACGAUCAAUUUGUUAUAACAAUGCCGUAUAUCCUUUUAUGGAAAUUAAAUAACGAAGUUGCAUUAUUACCUUUAGAUCUCCUUACAUUUCCUUGUCAAAGGUGGACCUGGCAGGAUUUUGAGAGAUUGGAAGCGUAUUUGGAGACUUUAAGGGCUGGAAGCGGUACUACAAUUAAAGAGCAAUUUCCUCAUGCAUACGCGAAUGCAAAUGUUUUGAAAUGGAAAAUUGAGCCAUGUGAACAAAUGUCAGUUGAACAAGAAGCUGUUCAAUGCGUUCCAAGAACUGGGACGGUGGAUUGGACAGGAAUACAUUCGUACAACCAUUAUAUUCUGUCGUCCGUGGUCUUUCUUUGCCAUACUGGAAAUCCUGCGAUUGAUUCUCAUUCCAGCCGCAGGUCAGGAUCCAAAUAUAUCAGAUUAUUAAAGCAAACAAAGCACUUCGCGCCAAAAACGAAGGGCAAAAUAUUUUCAUCAGAGGUGAUCAGAUGGUAUAAUAAUGCAAUGGAGAAAUUCAAUAAUGCUAGAAUUUUCGAAUCGAUAGGAUUUAUCCUUUUCACUAAUCGUGAUAUUAGUAAGAUUGAUCGUGAGAAAGCACUUGCAGCAUGCCCCAACUUGAUCAUAAUCUGUAGAGAUAAUCUUGAGAAUUAUAUGUCACAUACUUUUUUAUACAGAGGAUUUGUAGAUGAGGAAUAUAGAGACGAAGAGAGUGCAUAA